AUGGCAGGCACGCUCCUCCCAGGAAUAACUGGGCCCACACAGCUCCUGGAGAACGGCUGCGAGGGCUCGUUCCUCCUCGCGGCAUCAGCUGGCAGGAGGUAUGCUGCCUUGGGGGAUCUGUGCUGCCAAGAGGAGGAGUUACAGGAGGAAGUGAGCAGGCUGUGCAGCAUCAGGGAAGAGGAAAGGGAGAUAGACGGGAUCUUCUCUGAGACUCAACAGCUUGAAGAGCCACCACCCCCAGAGAAGCUGGCAGUGUCCACCCCUAAUAUGAAGCCUCCUCAGGCUUUUCUCCGGUUUCUUUGCCCAGGGUUGGUCUUCAGUCUGGCGGUAGUUGUGGGCUCCCUCCAGAGACUCCUCAGCACAGGCAUCUCCACCCUGAAAGAAGUCAUCACCUUGAAAAUGAAGAGGCUCUUCACGAUCCUGAUCUUGAUGACCCUAGGGGCUCUUGCUCACGCCUGCUGCGGGACCUUGAUGCUGAUGUGGACGCUGUGGACAAAGGAUGUACCACAGGUGCUGCUGGGGCAGCCUGCAGCCGACCUGAGGUCCCUGCGGAACACGCUCGCUCUGUGGGGGGAACAAUCGCAACAGACGCAACAGCUGAGGGAUGAGGUGGCACGCCUGGCUGCAGAGAUCGGCACUAUGAAGAAGGAAGUUCAGCAAAUGAGGGAGGCAGUGUCUGCAACCACACAGAUGUCUGAUUGGGCUCUGAAAAGUGCAGGGGCUGCCAUCGACCUGCACAGAUCAUCCAGCAGCUCUGCAUGGCUCUGCAGGGUGUUUUGGUUCCUGUGUGCUCCACACGUUCUGGAUACCUUUGUGCAGCCGGAUGCUUCCCCGGGAUAUUGCUGGCCUUUCCAAGGGUCUCGGAGUGAGGUGCUAAUCCGGUUGCCUGCACAAGUACGACCAACGGCCGUCACCAUACAGCACACCUCCAAGAUAGCCUCUCCGCUGGGGACUGUCAGUAGCGCCCCCCGAGAUUUCACGGUCUCAGGACUGGAUGAGGAAGGCGAGGAUGAAACUCUGCUGGGGACAUUCACCUACGCCGUGCACAAAGAGCCCACCCAGACCUUCCCUCUGCAGAAUGGGAACCCCAGAGCCUUUCGGUUUUUGAAACUUGGCAUACAGAGCAACUGGGGAAAACCAGGAUACACCUGCAUUUAUCGCGUGCAGGUGCAUGGGAAGAUCGUGGGAUCGAGUGCCAUCGGCCAGACACGUGUGGAGACCCUCCCUCACUAA